AGCGGGAGGUUCGCUCUGAGGCGGCUCCGGGGUCCCCGCCGAGCCUCCCUCCAUGUCGACCCCUGUUCCGAUACCAGAUCCCGAUCCCCGUCACUGAUCUCACGGCCAUGGAGCGGCAGCAGGAGCUGAAGGUGCUGCUGAAGCGCUGGGAAGCGGAAUUCCUGCGGGAACGGCGGCGGAAACCCAGCCAGGCUGAUAUCGAGGAGGCUCCGCCCGAGACCCGCCGGCUCUACCAGGAGUACAGGAGGCUGAAAAAAGCGGGAAAAACUUCGGAAUCUUUGGAAAAAAAUGCAGCAUUUUUGGAAAAAAGUUCAGAAUUUUCGGGACAAUCGGGAUCCCCUGAAAUCCCAAAAGUGGAGCAGGUAGAGGAUUCUGGAUUUUGGGGCUCCCACCUGAACCGGGGUCCGAAAAUUCCCGGGAAAAGUCGGAGCGGGAACGCCAGGCCGGGAAUUUCAGCAGAAUUUUAUGGGAUGAAGCUCAAAGCCAAACUGGGAACAACUGGGAAGGAACCCCCCCUGACCCCUCGGAGGACCCCAAAUCCCAGGAGAACCCCAAAAAUCCCCCAAUCCCAAAACACCCCGGAGCACGGAGCCGUGGAGCCUCCGGAAAAAUUGGAAAAUCCUGAAAAAUCCGAAAAUUCCGAAGAACUUGACGACCUCGUCCUUCCUCCUUCAAUUCCAGGACUGGGGCCUCUCAAAUUCCCGAUGGGAACAAAUCCCAGAUUUUCUCCCAUUCCUGAAAAAUUCCAGAGGAUGAAGGAGAAGGUGGCGAAAACUUUGGGAUCAUUGGAUCCCGGCUGGAUUGAGAGAUGCCAAGAAGUCCCGGAAAAACCAAAAGAAUUCCCGGAAAAAACGGAAUUGGUGAUGGAAGAAGUGGAAUUGGCGACAGAAAAAGUGAAAUUGGCGAUGGAAAAACCGGAAUUGGCGAAGGAAAAUCCAGAAUUGGCAACGGAAAAUCCAGAAUUUCCGAGGGAAAAAGGGGAAAUUCAUCAAUCCAUCGGGAAUUCUAGGAGGAAACGGCCCCGGGAGGGCAGAGGAGCCGCGGAAAUUCCGGCCAAGCUCCGGAGAUGCCUCCCAGAACCAAAUCCGGGAAAUUUUGGGAUGAGAGAAAACUUAGGAAUUUUUGGAAUGAGGGAAACACAAGAGGAUGAGGGAGAAAGGCUGGAAUUCCAAAGUGGAGCUGGGAAGGCAACGAAACGAUCGGGAAAAAAACUGGAAAAGGAGGAAAAGGAGGAAAAAUCCAAAGCUGCUCGUAGAUCUCGGGCCCCUCUCGGGAAUUUUGUGCGCCUCAACCUGAAGAGAAAAACGUUUUCCCGCGGAUUCCAGAGGGGAAAAUUCCUCCGGAAACAGGUUUGGAAGCAAAAAUGGAGAAAAAAAUUUGGGGGAGGAGGCGAUCAAUGCUUCCGGUGUGGCGGGAAAGGGCACUGGGCCUCGGAGUGCACAGGAAAAGAUUUGGGAUCAUUCCCGGAGGAAAUUCCAGAGGAGCCGGAGCCACUUCCCACCCUGGAAGAAGUCGCCCAAAGGAGCAGCGGAGUUUUUAUCCCAGAAAUUCCCAAUGAUGGAUCUGGAAAUUCUAAGGAUUUCCUUCAGGAAUUUUCCCCUCCCCCACCUCCCGUGGAUCCUCUUUAUUCCCCAAACCCCGACGGGACAAUCCCAGAUCCUCCGGAAGAAGUUUUGGAAGCGCUGAAAAUUUUGGGAUUUGAUUCCUUCCGGCCUGGCCAGGCCGAGGCUGUCAUGAGGGUCCUUUCAGGAAUCUCCACUCUGGUGCUGUUACCCACAGGAACAGGCAAAUCCCUUUGUUACCAACUCCCAGCUUUCCUUUACCACCAAAAUUCCGGCAGCAUCUCCUUGGUCAUUUCCCCUCUCGUCUCCCUUAUGGAUGAUCAGAUUUCCAGCCUCCCUUCCGCCCUCAAAGCCGUCUGCAUCCACUCCAACCUCACCCAAUCCCAGCGCGAAACCGCCGUAAAAAAAGUGAGUAAAUCAAAUUAUCCCGUUUUGAACACCACAAAAAUUCCCCAAAAAUUCGGGAUAAUCCCAAUUUUCCAUCAGGUCAAGAGCGGCCAAGCUCAGAUUUUGCUGCUUUCCCCGGAAUUCCUGGUGGCAUCCGGGACUUUUUCCCGAUUUUUCCGGAAUUUUCCUCCCAUUGCUUUCGCCUGCCUGGAUGAAGCUCAUUGCAUCUCCCAAUGGUCCCACAAUUUCCGUCCUGCUUAUCUCAGGAUUUGCAAGGUUCUUCGGGAGCGUUUGGGUGUUCGUUGUUUCCUGGCUCUCACCGCCACGGCCACGGCGGCCACGGUUCAGGACAUCGCCCAAAAUUUGGGAAUUCCCCCAGAAAACGGCGCCGGAAUCGGAAUCUUCGGAAUUCCCAAAAAUCUGCGGCUCUCGGUGUCCAUGGAUCCCGACCGGGAUCAGGCGCUGCUGGAGCUGCUCCGAGGAUGGGAUUUGGGGAAUUUUGGGAAUGUUGGGAAUUUUGGGAAUUCUGUGAUCGUUUAUUGCACCCGGCGGGAGGAGAGCGAGCGGCUGGCGGCGCUGAUCCAACGGGAAUUAGCGGAAUUCCCAGAAAAAACCUGGAAAAAUCGAGGAAAAGGUGGGGAAAAUCCGGAAUUUUGUGUCUCGGCCGCGUACCACGCCGGGCUGUGCCCCCGGGAACGGCGGAAAAUCCAAGAGGAUUUUAUGGAAAAUCGGAUCCGGGUCCUUUGUGCCACGAUUUCCUUUGGGAUGGGGUUGGAUAAAUCCCAAAUUCGGGGAAUUGUUCAUUACAACAUUCCCGGGAAUCUCGAGAGUUACGUGCAGGAAAUCGGCAGAGCCGGCAGGGACGGAAAUCCAGCCCGGUGUCACCUGUUCCUGCAGCCACAGGGUCAGGACCUUCUGGAAUUACGGCGCCACAUCCACGAGAAUUCUGUGGAUUUUUUGGCUGUCAAGACUUUGAUCCAAAGGGUUUUUGCUCCUUGUAAAUGUCUGGAAAAUCAUGGAAAAAUUCAGGAAAAUUCCAAGGAAAUCCCCAAAAGUUCCCGGAUUUGCCGUGGCCACGAGCGCUCGAUCCCCAUCCAGGAAUUUGUGGAAUCUUUGGAUCUUCGGGAAGAAGGGAUCGAGACCCUCCUGUGCCUCCUGGAGCUCCAGCCACAAAAAUUCCUGGAACUUUUCCCUCCGGUUCUUUCCCGGUGCCGGAUCCGAUUUCCCGGGAAUUCCACAGAGUCGCUGCGGGAAGCAGCUCUGAGGUGCCCCCCCUUGGGAUUUCUGCUGGCUCGGAAUCCCUCAGGAAAUUUGGGAAUUUCGGGAUCGCUGGAAUUCAAUGCCGUGGCCUUGAGCGAUUCCAUGGGCUGGGAAUUCCGGAGGGUCCGGGAGAGCCUCGGGAGGAUCCCGUGGGAAUCACGGAAAGCAGGAAAAUCCAGGAUCCAGGUGGAAUUCUGGGAAUUGUCCUUCCACUUCCGCGCCUACGGAGACCUGGAUUCCCAGGAAUUGGAUUCCAGCUGGGAAUUCCUGAAUUCCCAAAUCAUCUCCCGGGAAAAAUCAGAGCUCCGGAGACUCCAACGCUGCUUCCGGACCUUCCAGAGCGUGGCAUUCCCGAGUUUCAUUCCUGAGCCUCCGGAGCAGGAACAGCUGGAGAAGAAUUCCCAACUCCGGGAGCUGCUCCGGGAAUAUUUCCAGAGGGAUCCCACAGAAUCCAAGGAGGAUGAGGAGGAAAAAAACCCAGGAAUUCCUCCGGAUCAGGAAGAAGAAAUCCGAGCCGAGAUCCGGAAAUUUCUCGCUGCGUAUCCGGAGGAGGAGUUUUCGGGAAGAGCCGUGGCCAGGAUUUUCCAUGGAAUCGGCUCUCCCCGAUACCCAGCACGGAUUUUUGGGCGGGAUCGGCGCUUCUGGAGGAGGCUCCUCCCACUGGAAUUCCGGAGCCUUUCCCGCUUGGCUUCCCAGGAAAUCUUGGCCUGGCGGUGAGGGAAAAACCAGGAAAACACUGGAAAAAACAUCGGAAAUUCUGCCAGGAAAUUCGGGAUUUUAUCCGGAUUUUAUCACGAUUUUAUCAGGGUUUUAUCGCAAUUUAAUUGCAAUUUUAUUGGGAUUUUUAAAUUUUAUUUUAUUGAUGUUUUUAUUGGUAUUUUUAUAUGGAUUUUAUCCUGGAUUUAAUAAAAAAAAAAUGAAAAAAAUAUUAGAUUUGGAGUUUGAAAGUUUUUUAAUUUUAAAAAAAUGGGAAAGAUUUAAAAAAUAGUGAAAAAAUUCUUGAGUUUCAAACCUGGAGGAAUUUUUGAAAAAAAGAGAUUUCUUGGAUUUCCAGAAAAAAGUGGAAAAUCACAAAAAAUGAGAAAAAAUACUAAAAAAUUAGGGGGUUUUAAUUGGUAUUUUAUCGGUAUUUUAUUGAGAUUUAAUCCAUAAUUUAUUGGGAUUUUUUUCAAGAUUUUAUCAGUAUUUUUUUAUUAUUUUAUUGGAAUGGGGUUUUUUUCUUUUUUCUUUACUAUUAUUUUAUCAGGAUUUUAUAGGGAUUUUUAUGUGGGAUUUUAUCCUGGAUUUAAUAAAGAAAUGGAAAAAAAUACUGGAUUUGGAGCUUGGAGAUUUUAUUAUUUUUAAAAAAUAUGAAAAUUUUAAAAAAGAAAAAAUUCUUGGAUUUCAAACCUGAAGGAAUUUUUGAAAAUAAAAUGGAGUUGUUAGAUUCUCACAAAAAAUGUGGAAAAUCGUAAAAUAUGAGAAAAAAAUACAAAAACAAGGGAUUUUUAAAAUUAGGAUUUUAUUGAGAUUUUAUCAGGAUUUUAUCCAGAUCUUUUGGGAAUUUUCUUGUGAUUUAAUUCAAAUUUUAUUGUGAUUUUUUUCAGGAUUUUAUUGCAAUUUUAUCAUGAUUUUAAUGGGAUUUUAUUGGGAUUUAAUCACAAUUUUAUUGGGAUUUUUAUCCUGGAUUUAAUAAAGAAAUGGAAAAAAAUCUUGGAUUUGGAGCUUGGAGAUUUUUUUAUUUUAAAAAAAUGGGGAAAAUGAAAAAA